AUGCCUCCGCCGCCCAUUGCUCCGCCCCGUGUCUGUGCGGAUUGCGGCGCUGACUUUACGGCUGUCGCAGAGUCUGGCAUUAAAGGGUAUUGUCAGCCGUGCUUUGAGCGAAACGUUAAAAGAAACGAAGCUUUGGUGUCUGCGAAAGAGGCUGCAACAGAGCCUCCAGCUUUGGGAGAUGUUGAUGCACAGGUUGCCGUUGCCAGUGAGGCUGAGUUGGAACGCGAGGAGCCAUCAGAGCCACCGUCUGCGACAGUUGCUCUAGCUGCGAGCUCGAGCUGGAGUUCUUGGACUUGGUUUCAGAAGGUCAAAGCAGAGGAGGGCGUUGGCAAGACACAAGCCCUGCAACAGUGGAAGGCUUUGUCUACUUCAGACAGACAAGCCUUCAUGUCCUCCAUCUCGCAUCGCAUUCCAGGACAUGAUGAUGCGCAAAGCCCCCUCAAGACGCAGCUUGCUUCAAACUAUUGGUCGGAGAACAGAACUUCCACUUUGCAGGAGUUCCACGCAAAGUGGAAAUCUCUGAAGGCAAAGCUUCACAAAGAGCCGCGGACCUAUCUCAUGCAGAAUGACGAUGUAGCUUUCCAGCUCUAUGUAGACGCAUCCAACCUCGUCCGCGCUGGCAUCUUCAACAAUGCGUUGGCGGCAGAGAAUGGCUUGUCCGAGUAUCACAUCUCGCGAAAGAAACUAGCUCGGGUGGAGCGGUGGUGGCAGGAGAACCCGAAAGAUGAUUUGCAGGCCACGCCGGCUUGCUUCAAACAGGGUCGCACGCACAAAGGUGCUCUUACUCAAGAGCAGAAGCGAGACCUCCUGCAACAUGUUCGCAUCAUGCAGCGCUCAAACUGUGCCUUCACUGCAAAGGAUGCGAAGAAAUGCAUGUGGCGCUACUACCUUCUGAAUAUCGGUGCAGCGAAGGCCGAGGAGAUGCCUGACUGGUCCGAGUUUGCCAAGUACGAAGCCGACAAGAACAUGGACAAUGUGUACAGAGCCUGGUUUCAGUGGGCUUCCAGCGUUGCUGCGAAGGAUAUGCAGGUCCUCAGUCGCAAAGUUGUUGGUGUCAAAGGGGAGAAGGCUGCCAUGUGCAGCCCGGAGUCCGUCAAGACAUAUUUCGAUUCAUUGCAGGAAACCCUGCUGGAGAUAGGUGUGCUGAAGUCUGCGGGAGGCACUGUGCAGAAUGAACACAGAGUUUGGGCUUGUGAUGAAAAGGGCAUGACCGACGAUGAUGGCAAGAUCAAGUUUGUGCAAAGCCUGUGUGUGAAAGGGCAGGGUCCUCCCACCUGCACUGCGGGCCAGUCCUCUUUCAAGCACAUUUCCGUUCUGCCCUUCAUAUGCUUGAAUGGCGACAGAUCCGAGCCGUAUGUGGUCAUGAGCGGGGCCGUGGAGAUGAAUGCAUGGAAGAAUGUUUGGGGAGAUGCCCACGUGAAAGUUUCUAGCAAAGGUGCCGUCACAACGGAACACUUUGCCGAGUUUUAUGCGCAUUUUGCAUCAUGGGUCAGAGCCCGUGUGCCGGCUGAGGAGGAAAUCCUCGUGCUGCUAGAUUCCGGCGGCGGCUCACUAUCGCACUUGAGUGUCGAAGUGGGCCUCAUCUCUGCAAAAUUCCGGCUGCGGCCCUUUUAUCUCCCUCCUUAUCAUACAUCGGCUGUUAUGCCACUGGAUCAAACUCCGAAUCGAGAAUUUGAGCGUCGAUGGUCUGAGAUACGCUCUCGGGAAUCGAGCUUCACUCCGCUGCAGGCCUUGGAUGUCGCGCAUGAGUGCUUCGACAAAGGCUACUCCCCAGAUGCUAACCGGUUCAAGAAAGUGCUGAGUAAGGCGGAGCGCGAGUACGAACAAGAGGCAGAGGCUGAAGCUGUUCUCCCGGCGCCACAAGGCUACCAGCGGGCGCCAGAGACAACAAGGUGCACUGGUGCUGGGUGCAAAGCCAUGGUGCCCAGCACGAACCGGUUCUGCGGCGAGUGUGGUGUGGCCAAUGCCAACUUCAACGAGGUGAGCCGUGCCGUGGGUCUGGGUGCCAGAUCGCAGGGCUUUAAACGAAAGCAAACACCGCUGCUAGACAUGCGGAGCGCCAUGGACUUUUCUCCCAGCAAAAAGCAAAACCUCACAAAAGUGUGGGGAGACCUCAUUGCGAAGACGCGCGGAAGCAGCAAGACGACGCAAGAGAGUGGCGAUGCACUGCCAGUUACCACGCAGCCUGCUCAGGGCAGCAAAUCCCCACCACCUGCCAAAGCUGACGACGAGGACAUGGAUGAUGCGGACGAAUGGAACCUCAACGACCCUGACGAUUGCCGCCAACUCAUGGAAGAAAGCUUCUUGGCUUCGGAAGUCAGCAAAGCUGGCUUGACGGUCGAUGGCUUUACGCGUCUGGUGACCUACUACAUAGACACCCUGCGAGCCAAAAAGGGCAGCCUUGCCAGUUGGUUUCAGCAGGAAAUCAUCCGACCGAAAGUCUUGGAGUCCAAAUCUGAGCGCAAGAAGUGGCUGGAGUGCUGGAUGAAGCAUCGUUCCUUGGUCUAUCUCCCGAAGAAAACUCCAACGAAGAAGCCGUAA